CGACGCGCGCUAGGAGUCACGCAGCAAAGCGCUUGCGCUACAGCACUGAGUACGAAAAUCAUGCACUUCGUCAACGAUUAAGGCUCUCCAAACUGCAGCAGUCAUUGCGGCAUGAGUACAGAACAGAAAGGACGAUUUGAAGUUGUGGCAAUACUGAGGAUCAUCAUGGCGUCUAUGAGCAUCAUGGGGGCAUUCUCAAUCGUAUAUUCAGCCAUCCGCAGAAGAACAGCAUGCAAUCCAAAGGUGCACCCAAUAUUCAUCUUGUCCAUUGUGGACACAAUGCUGAGUGUCAUGUGGAUAACAGGCUCUGUGGUGUGGCUGGAGAAAAGUUUUGAGAUCUCUCGCAUUGGCUGCUUUAUCAUCAAUCUUCUAACUGUGAUACUCCAAUGUGUUUCAAUGAAUGUGACCCUAAUCUAUGCCCUUCUGCCCUACUCCAGUAUCUGA